AAUUAUAAAGCCACCAUUUCCUUCUUCCAAAGAAAACCCUAAACACUCCAGCUGCCGCAGCUGAAAAGAAAAGGGUUGUUGAAGUAAGAAUUUUAGCAAUGUCUCCAGCCAAAGUUGACAACAGCAAGAAGAAGGCCGAUCCAAAGGCUCAAGCGGUGAAGGCUGCUAAGGCUGUGAAAUCUGGUGCGACAUUUAAGAAGAAGGCUAAGAAGAUCAGGACAAAGGUUACAUUUCAUCGGCCGAAGACCUUGAAAAAGGAUAGGAACCCUAAAUAUCCUCGCAUCAGUGCACCACCGAGGAAUAAGUUGGAUCACUAUCAGAUCCUCAAGUAUCCUCUAACCACCGAGUCUGCAAUGAAGAAAAUUGAGGACAACAACACCUUGGUUUUCAUUGUUGACAUCCGUGCUGACAAGAAGAAGAUUAAGGAUGCUGUGAAGAAGAUGUAUGACAUCCAGACGAAGAAAGUGAAUACGUUGAUCAGGCCUGAUGGAACUAAGAAGGCAUAUGUUAGGUUGACUCCAGAUUAUGAUGCCUUGGAUGUGGCGAACAAGAUUGGAAUUAUCUAAAGCGGAUUAUGAUGCUUUCAACAUCUUUGCCCGAAUGAUAAACUAUGUUAGGACUUAUUCUCGCUUUAUAUGUACAAGGAUCUAUGUUUUUCCUACUUGAAUUCUGCAUGAGAUUUGGAUUAGGAUUUGCGCACUUGAUGUCCUGUAUGAAUGAUUUUUACGUUUUAA